CGGGUGAGACAAGCACAGCCCGCGGCAACCUCCUCGGCCUCAUCUCACUCCUUCUCUCAACUUUGCCCCCACCGCAGGACAGCAGCACUACAAUGGCCGCAACAGACGCCUUCAGCCUCGGCGCCGAGGAGGUCGAGCUCCCCUUCAGCAUCCUCGACACGGACCUGUACAAGCUUACGAUGCAAAAUGCCGUCCUGAAGCACUUUUACGACUCUCAGGUCAUUAUCCGCUUCACAAACCGCGCUCCGCAGAUGCGCUUCACCCGCGAGUGCUUUGACUGGAUCCAAGCGGCCGUCAAUCGCCUCGGUGAGCUCCGCCUCAAGCCCGAGGAGCGGAAACGGCUGCACGAGGCAUGCCCCUACUUCCCCGACUCGUACCUCGACUUCCUCACCAACAUUCGCCUCACGCCAAAGGAACAGGUGCGGUUGACGUUCAAUGCCGGCGAGGACGGACUGGGCGAAAUCGCGUGCGAGAUUGAGGGGCCCUGGCGCGAGACCAUCCUGUACGAGGUACCGAUCAUGUCGAUCAUCUCGGAGAGCUACUUCAAGUUCGUCGACACCGACUGGUCGAUUGACGGACAGUAUGAACUCGCCAAGCAAAAGGCCCACGCCCUUCUCUCACCACCAGCGCCCGUCAAGUCGCUCAUCUUCUCCGAGUUUGGCACGCGACGACGACGCAGCUUCGCGGUGCACGACUUGGUGAUGCGCGGUCUGAUUGCGGGGCACGAGGAGUGGAAGGCUGCCGGCGGCCAGGGCGGUUCUCUGACGGGCACGAGUAACGUCUACCUCGCCCUCAAGUAUGGUGUCAAGCCUUCCGGCACCAUCGCCCACGAGUGGAUCAUGGCGAUUGGCGCGACGUACGGCUACACGGGUGCGAACGGGCGCGCGAUGGACAUGUGGGAGGAGAUCUACCCUGCCAACUCGAACGGCCCACCCCUCAUCAUGUUGACCGACACGUACACUGCCAGCGUGUUCUUCAAGGACUUCUUGUCCGACCCUGCGCGUGCUCUACGAUGGAGCGCACUGCGCCAGGACAGCGGAGAUCCGUUCACGUUUGUGACCGAGGCCAAGGAGGUGUGGGAGGAGGUCGCCAAGCUCGUCGGCAGCUCGGGCGACGCACUUGCCGGCAAGCGGAUCGUAUUCAGCGACUCUCUCGACGUCAAGCGCGCGAUCGAUCUCCAGCGCGGGUGUGACGAAAUUGGUAUGGGCGCGGCGUUUGGAAUCGGCACGUUCUUCACCAACGACUUCAAGAAGAAGUCGUCGCCCAGCGAGCAGAGCAAGGCGCUGAAUAUGGUCAUCAAGCUCAAUGUCAUUGACGGCAAGGACUGUGUCAAGCUGUCAGACGACAAGGGCAAGCACACGGGCAAGGCCGAGGAGGUUGUGCGUGCCAAGGAGGAGCUUGGCCUCGAGUUGUAGCCGAUGAUGGUGAUGCAUCUGGGGAC